AUGGAAUUGUGGCGCAAAAAUGGUAGAGACGGUUAUUUCAUGGCACAACAUUUUUUCAGGAAGGCACAUGAAGUAGAAACAUGGAUAAGCGCUUUUCAACCUGAUAAUUCGAAUGUCCUAUUAACAGGAGCCGAUGAUAGCCUAAUAAAGGUCUUUGAUAGGCGUCUUGGUACGGAGCCACUCCACGCCUUAAAGAGCCACUCAUCAGGAGUCACUGCUCUACAAUUCCACGAGAAUAAUCCUCAUGUAUUGUUUACGGGCAGCUUCGACCGGCGCAUCAUGAGAUUUGACAUGCGCAACUUGAAAUCGCCCAUUUCAGCCUGGCCAAUAGACGGGGCGGUCUGGUAUAUCGAUUUUGUGGAUUCGAAUAAUCUGCACAUCGCGGGAUGCUACGACGGCGCUCUGGUUUACGUUUCGGAAGAUGCGGGAGAAGAGCAACCGUUGUUACCAACUUCUUGCGAGAUGAAGAGACGGUUCGCCCCUGACAAUGCCCUUAUAUAUGGAGCUACUCAUUAUGAGCUCCCAUCAGGGAUUGUUUAUGCCUCUUGCAAUUUCUAUGAAAAACAAAUUCUGUUCUGGCAGUAA